AUGGCGUCACUCGCUCUGGCGACCUUUGCCCUGUGCUGGUAUCAUCUAUGUACAGCACAGACCUUCUCAGACAAUAUUCUUGUGGCAUCCAACAAUGGAAUUAUUUACACCAUCCAUUUCUGGGAAGAUGGUCUGCAGUAUAGUCUCUCUGAAGUCAAUCGACAUGCCGGCUGCGGAACAAACCCUACCUGGCUCACACUAGAAUCUGAUCGUCUAUGGUGCCUGGACGAAGGACUGCUGUCAGGUCAGGCGAGUAUCAACCGGUUCGCGGUGUCUCCUGAUGGAAGUCUCACUCGCAGAGAGGGACUUAAUAUCUCUGCAGGCCCAGUUCAGAGCGUCGAGAUCGACAACGGACGAGGUCUCGCAAUCGCCUGCUAUGGGGGAGAUCCUCCCGUUCAGGGAGGAAUCACCACUCUCGCGACAACGAUCAACGGUAGUAUUGAGGGUGGCAAGUUUCUUGUACUACCACCUCUAGAAUCACCGGGGCCGGAGCCGGCACAGACAGUUGCGCGGCCUCAUGGAAUAUUCCUCGAUCCCUCUGAUCGUUUCCUUGUUGUGCCCGAUCUCGGAGCUGACAUGAUCAGAGUGUUCUCCAUGCAGAAUGGAAGCGGUAGUAUCCAACUCGAGAAUCAGGCCAAGAUGCUGGCAGGUUCUGGUCCGCGGCAUGCCGCCUUCUGGACACACAACAACGCCACGGACCGAUUGGGGCCUGCCUAUCUAUACGUUGUGUCCGAGUUCGUGAGCACUAUCACGGUCUUCAGAGCCGUAUAUUCGUCGACAUCACUGGCACUCGAAUACACUGGCCAAACGCUAUCGACGCUCGGGAACUACAGCAACGCGACGGCUGUUGCCGCCGCUGCUGAAAUUGCGAUCAGUCCAGACAACAGAUUUUUGAUAGUGUCCAAUCGCAACGACACGUCAUUUGCCUCCCCGUCAUCCGACUCUUUGGCGGUCUUCAAGAUCUGUCAGAGUGACGGCAGUCUGGAGUUUCAGCAGCUAGCACGCGCUGGGGGCAACUGGCCACGACAUUUUGAUCUGAGCCCUGAUGGUCGCAGGAUGGUGGUUGCUCUGCAACGAGAUUCGAAAAUCGUCGUCUUGGCCCGAGACAUCCAAACAGGUAGCAUUGGUAACAUCAUCGCUACCAUGGACAUCGAUUCUACGGACGCUGACGGGAAAGAAGCUGGUCUGAAUGCAGCUAUAUGGAUGCGGACUCCGCAAGCGUAA